GAUGCGGAAGUUGUAGUUUACUCGCUGCUCCCAGUUGUUUUGCAGGUGUUAGUCGCUGUGUCGGUGCCUGAAACAGAGGUUCGCAGAAAUGUCCCUGUCAUUUGAAGGAAGAGUGGUGCUCGUCACAGGCGCUGGAGGAGGUCUCGGGAAAGAAUAUGCCCUGGCUUUCGCCUCAAGAGGAGCCUCAGUAAUUGUGAAUGACCUUGGGGUAGACACAAAAGGGGGUGGAAGAAGUUCUGCAGCUGCUGAUAAGGUGGUGGAGGAGAUAAGAGCAAAGGGGGGGAAAGCUGUGGCAAACUAUGACUCUGUUGAAGAUGGAGAGAAGCUGAUCCAAACUGCCCUGGAUACUUUUGGGAGAAUUGACAUUGUUGUGAACAAUGCUGGAAUCCUUCGUGACCGUUCAUUUGCUAGGACCAGUGAUUUAGAUUGGGACCUCAUUCACAGAAUUCACUUAAGAGGAUCAUUCUUGGUUACUCGAGCUGCCUGGAACCAUAUGAAAAAUCAAAAGUUUGGCAGAAUUAUCAUGACUGCUUCAGCCGCAGGCAUCUAUGGUAACUUCGGUCAGGCCAACUACAGUGCUGCCAAGUUAGGCCUGCUGGGGCUGGCUAACACUUUGGCCAUCGAGGGACAGAAGUACAACAUCCACUGCAACACAAUUGCUCCGGUUGCAGGGUCCCGCCUCACAGAGACGGUCAUGCCACCAGACCUUGUGGCAUCUCUGAAGCCAGAGUAUGUUGCACCUUUGGUGCUCUGGCUGUGUCAUGAACAAUGCCAAGAGAACGGAGGACUGUUUGAGGCCGGUGCAGGGUGGAUUGGUAAAUUACGCUGGGAGCGCACUCAGGGCGGGAUUGUGAGACAGAAAAACAAACCCAUGACCCCUGAGGGGGUCCGGGACCAGUGGGACGCUAUCUGUGAUUUUAAAAACGCCACCAAGCCGGCUAAUGUACAAGAGUCUUUGCAUUCUGUUGUGAGCGUUCUGUCUCAAGUGGAGUCUGAUGGAGAAGUCGGUGCAAAUCCAACAGCAGCUGCAACCUCCAGCAUUUCAGGGUCGGGAAUUAAUCCUGCCGAAGCUGUUGGACAAAAGCUCCCAACAAGCUCGUUCAGCUUCACCCCCACCCAGUGCAUUCUCUACGCGCUCGGAGUCGGCAUGUCCACCAAGGACCCAGACAGUCUGCGGUUUCUGUACGAAGGGCAUCAAGACUUCAGCUGCCUCCCAACAUUCGGGGUCAUCCCCUCCCAGGCAGCCACCAUGGGCGGCGGCCUCAGCUCAGUCCCUGGACUCAACAUCGACUUUACACAGGUUUUACAUGGAGAGCAGUAUCUGGAGCUCUACAAACCUCUACCAACUUCAGGUACCCUUACCUCUGAGACCACCGUAGCUGACGUCCUGGAUAAAGGAUCUGGAGCUGUCAUCCUUCUGGAUGUGAACACCUAUGACGGCAACGAGCUUGUGUGCUACAACCAGUUUUCAGUGUUUGUGGUCGGAGCCGGACGCUUCGGGGGAAAGAGAAGCUCGGAUAAAGCCAAAGCUCCUCUGCCUCCACCCAAGCGCACACCAGAUGCCGUGGUGAUUGAAUCAACCACAAGAGACCAAGCUGCUUUGUACCGUCUUAGCGGAGACUGGAACCCUCUUCAUAUCGACCCCAGCUUCGCCGCCAUGGGAGGUUUUAGCACUCCCAUCCUGCACGGCUUGUGCUCAUUCGGCUUUGCUGCGAGACACGUCCUCAAACAGUUCGCCAACAACGACCCCUCUAGGUUUAGGGCUAUAAAGGUUCGCUUCGCAAAGCCCGUGUUUCCGGGUCAGUCGCUGCAAACGGAGAUGUGGAAGGAGGGCAGUAGAAUCCACGUCCAGUGUAAAGUGAAGGAGACGGGUGACGUCGUUCUGGCUGGAGCCUACGUGGACUUACAUGGCUCAUCAGAAGCUUCUCCUGAAAAUCUCCCUCAGGGAGGUGGCCUUCAGAGCGAGUUGGUGUUUGCAGAGAUCGGGCGACGUAUUAAAGAAUUGGGAUCAGAGCUGGUCAAGAAAGUUAAUGCUGUGUUUGGCUGGGAGAUCACCAAGGAUGGCAAGAAAGUUGCAGAAUGGACCAUUGAUCUGAAGAACGGUAGCGGCUCUUUGCUCAAGGGGCCGUACAGCGGGAAGGUCGAUGUGACCUUCACCGUGUCCGACGCGGACUUCAUGGAGGUGGUGACGGGGAAACUUGCACCCCAGAAGGCGUUCUUCGCCGGCAAGCUGAAGGUUAGAGGGAACGUCAUGCUGAGUGAGAAAAUGGAGGUCAUCCUGAAGGAUUAUGCCAAGCUGUGAGCUCCUCCACUAACCAGUCAGAUGGUUUCAGGAACCAAACCACACCGACUCCCUCCUACUUCUUUGUCCAAAUCCCUUGAGUUUGGUGACCAUUUUUUUGCUCUCAAAAAAAAAAAGUCACCCACUGAGACACAUCAGGAAUUAAUUUAUCCCUCAUGAAUUAAUUUCCUCUGCUGUCAAAAAGACUUCCAGAGAGUUUCAAAUGCAGAUUAAAUGAGUUGAAUCCGAGCAUAAGGUGGAGAAAUGUCACAUCUUUAGCUGCCAGUGUCGCAGCUCACUCAUAGAGGUGUUCAGAAUAUUUAAUUAAGUACAAAUCCAUAGGAGUCUUAAUUGAUGUCAUGAAGCAUUUAUUCACUUUUUUAAUAAGUCAUAACUUUAAUUCAUUAACAUAUCAGUUUAACUUAAUGAAAUAAUACAAAUCUAAGUGAGGUAUGAUCUAAAUCCUUAUGGUCUAAUUUCAUGACUAAAUGAUUUGGAGGCUAAUUCACCAAAGUCAGAGGCAGUUCUUUUGUGUCUGAUACUGUAAUCAACUUACAUCCUAUAUUUCAACACUGUUUGGUGCAAUUUUAUUCAAUAUAACUGUUGCUCUUGUAAAAAAGAAAAAUGAUUCAAAAUAAAGCUUUAGUAAUGUAUUGACCC